CGAUAAAAAAUGGGACAUCGUGGAAAAGUGUACAUGACAACAGCAGUGAUUCGCUAAUUUUUUUACAAUAUCUGGCUGCGGUAAAGCCUAUUGGCUAUAGCUUUUUUAUAAAAGGGAAAACCGCGACAUCAACACCAAAGGUUGAACCAAUAAGUGAAGAUUAUAACCAAAUCUAUACUGAAGCAAAUAUUGCAAAACAAUUAUUAGAUUCUGAAAAUGAGAUCCACUCAGAUAAACCAGCCAGAAUUUUAUGUGGCGAUGUCAAAAAACAUACCUUAGAAGAUACAAAUGAUAUUCAUUCUUGUCAAGCCGGAACUAGCAAUGAAGCAGGUCAUAAAGAAUUUGUAUUUACAGAUGACCCCAAUUAUAAUACCCAAGUAAGUGAUAAUGAUACAGAUGAUAAGAAUAAUUUAUGAUACUCUUGGAAGUUCCAAAGAUUUAAAUCUAACACAUAAUUAUACCUAGGCACUAACUAGAGAAAAUAAAAAGGUUAAAUCUAUGAUUUCAAAAUUUGUAAAAGUUAAUGGCGAAAUUUUGAACCAUGUUACGUUCCAAAUUUGAAGUAGGAAGUCCCACCUCUAUUUUCAAUAAUUUAAACAAUUCUUGACAUGUUAAAUCGGUUGCCUAUUUUAAUUAUAAUUGACAUUAUGAUCAAGGUGGUGAAAAUGAAACCUUAGUAAUUUUUACAUAGGGGUAAUGCCUAUCAAAUUUUUCUGAAUUUAAGGAAAAAUGUCCACUUUUGCUAAGAAACUAAUUUAGAUCGUUCUUCCUAGAGAUAUCUUGGAAUAUUUAGGAUCAGAAAAUUUAAAUGUUUGAAUUUCGGUAUUAUUCGGUGACCUCCGUGUGUCAAGUUUGUCAAACGUUCCGGAACACAACGGAGAAAACGUGAUUUUGGGUUGGACCGUGGUACCGAAAAGUUAGUGCUAGUUUAAAAAAAACGGCAUUUUGUUUUUUUGCUGCUGUUCCUUGUGGGAUCUGGUCUAGUACAAACUGUGUGGAUGUGCAAGGGGGAUUUGACGCCUUCGUGGAAGGACUUUUGGAAAUAUCCACAACUUCGUUAAAAGCGGAUUUAGCGUGCACGUGCCUAUCCCAAAGUCGCAUUUAAAUCAAGAAAUUAGCCUUUAAUCACGAGUCCAAUUUGGAAUAUUUUAAACCCCUAACCUGGCUAAAAAGGGGUUCUUUUUUUGCUCCUGUCAGGCUGUAAUUUCCAACUUGUUCAACAUUUUAAUACAAGUCUAUGUACACCGGUACAUCGUGUUUUUGGAGUCACUAUCUACUUAAGUCGCAGUGGAUUUACGAAUGGUUCUUUCAGAUUGAAGGCACACUGUCAUAUAACUAGGAAGUCACGCGGUGAAGUAUAUCUAUUUGAAUGAAAAUUCGAGGUAUGGAUCGAUAUUUAUUUUUGACGGAAGAUUGAGAGCCGUCUAUUUUUGUUAUGGGAUACCUAUAUAGUUUUUAUUACAUUAUUUGCGGAUUUUUUUUGUCAUUUUAAAAUUUAUACAUAAUUUACAAAGUACUUAAAGAUUAAUUGUGGUUUAUUAUGUUUAAUAGUUACAUAUACUAGUUUAAUAUUUACACUUACUAUAUUUUUGUAAACUGCGUCUAAGGGGGGUUAAACGUUUGAAAUAUAUUCACUUUCUUUGUUUAUAUUAUUUUAUGCGCACGCACUAGAGCUCUCGUGGUGUCCUAUUUGGGUUAAUUAUUUUUUUUUGUUGGUAUUGAACCACACACCCCUUAGCAUCCGGUACUUUUUUACACACAUUUUACCGUGCAAUUAAAUAGAAAUAACAUAUGCAUUUUUUUUGUUAGGCAAGUAGAAGCCGCAUUUUAAUACCUUAUUUCAGCCGAUGAUAAAGUUAAAUAAAAUAAAAUAUUGUAAUAUGUAAUUGUUAUCAAAUAUCUUGGAAACAUAUUUAUUAAAAUUGAAUAAUUGCUAAUCUCAGACAAUUUCAUUUAUUUUUUUAUUUAUUCAGGUUGUAUACUAUACUUAGUAUUUUGGUAGUAAACCUAUUGGUAAGUUGGUGGUUUAUUAAAUAGUAACGUAGGGAAGGCUGUGGGCCAAUUUACCUGGCGCCCCUUAUCUAACUUCAUAUUUUGUGGACCGCACGACCAUCUCCACUGUUUUGUCUAGCCGCGAGCCAUUCCCAGACUGUCACCGUAUAGUAAUUUUCUCUCGGGGUGUACGUCUGAUUUAUGUGUUACAUUUUGUAAUUUUUUUUUAUAUAGAUUCGGUUCUGUACGCCACAUUAUUUUGCCGCCCAACGCGGGCCCUAAUUAAUUAACGUUUUUGUCAACCUCUUGUAUUUGGCCUUUAUUUAUUGACUUUGUUUAUAGCCAAGUUUCAUUGUUGUUGGCCUGAGUCACAUUUGUUUUUUUUUGUCUUGAGAUUCAGCUGUCAUUUUGACAUAUUUUAUAAACUUUGAUUUAUUUACUUUACCACUGGCUUUGCGCUGAGUAGUGGUCUUAGAACUUCGUGUUUAGUGGAAGUGUAUGCAGAUAAGUGCUUACUAGUUUUUUUGUGUAACAUAAAGUUGGAAGAAGCCGAAAACGGAACUUAAAAAAAAUAUACUUUGAAGUGGUAUUGUGGAACUUUGAAGAAUUUUUGGAUAUUUGGACUUUGAAAUAUUUCUACUUCAGUUGGAGUUCAAAUUUAUUUUUUUAUAGCAGUUGGACUUCGAAGUUCUACAUUGUGGUUUAACUUACUUGUGUUAGUGAAUACAACUUUUUUUUGAGAUUGUAUUGUGACUUGUAACUUGUUCUGGAACAAUGAAAUUUUGAAAAUCUUUUGUGAAAUUUAAUAGAUUGAAUAAAGCGACUAUUUUUUUUAUUUUUAUUUUGCUCCCAUUAAUAAAGUAAACUACCUGUGUUUUAAUAUUUUUACUGAUAUCUUGAUUUUUUUAAUAUUUGCUCCUUUUGGUUGAUACAUUUUUUUUCGAAUUUUGAACGUUUGCAAGAUGGUGCGAAAACUUGUACCCAACUACUUAAAGAAAGAGGAACUGGAAUAUGAACUCAAAAUUCGUGGAGUAUCUACUGGCACUGUUGAGUCUAUGAGGUCUAGUGUGUCUGAUGCACUUAGUCGUGAGGCAGCAAAUGAAAGCUUUAGAUAUCCUGAGCACCCAUUCACCUUUGCACAGGACAAAACGGUAAUCCAGGCUAAACUUGCGGAGCUGACUACGGCUGUUGGAAAGUUCUCCGGACCUCCUACUUGUGCUGAGUCCUUGAGAUUGCGGACACAGAUUUACCAUGUCUUGGGGAGGAUCGAUCUUAUGGUAUUGCCAACAGGUGAUGAUGCCGACGCAGCCCAGGUUGUUAAGUCAGACUUUCUGGCUGAGAUUUUGAAGUUGUCACAAGAUUUACAUGAUAAGCAGCACCCAACCGGAUCUGGCUCAAUACCAGCAGCGCUCGAUGUGAUUUCGGUCUUGAAUCAGUCUUUUCAGGCAGGGGUAGGACAAGCUCAUGCUUCUUCUCCUGGAGCGGUGCCACAGGCUGUUAAUCCUGUUCUUUCAGGGUCUGUCUCUAGUUCUUCAGGGACGAUACUUCCUCAUAAGUGGGGAAUAGAAAAGUUUUCAGGUUCUGCUAGGGGUAUGUCUAUUUCUGCAUUUUUUGAGAUGGUGAAUGAAUUGACUCUCGCUCGUCACGUACCAGAUAGUAUACUUUUGGAAUCAGGUAUAGAUUUAUUUUCGGAUAAAGCCUAUCAGUUUUAUAAAGAUGUUCGUCUACGUGUAGCGAGUUGGGCUGAAUUAGUUGAAGAGUUCCGUAGGGAGUACCUGUCAGCUCACCAUAGUGAAGCGCUUUUUGAAGAGCUUCGGAGGAGAACUCAGCAUUCGUCUGAGACUAUAGGAGUCUACUUAGCAAUAGUGAAUAGUUACUUUAAUCGCUUGCGUUCUAUCGGGAUAGAUUACGUGAUCCGUUGCCAUCUACGUUGGAGGAACUUCGUGUUCUAUAUCGCAGUAUGGAGGAGAGACGUGAUUGUAUUAGGAACUAUGUUGAACCGAAUAGUAGGAAAAUGAAUACUUUGGAAAAGGAC